CCCAGCCCCGGGAAGCGGGCAGCCUCAGCCCUAGCCGCGGCCGUCCCGGGGACGCAGACGCCAAAGCCUCUCCGGCCAGGGCAGGGACCCGGGCCAGUUUAGCCAGCUCCGACAGCCCCAUGGCCCCAGCCGGCCACUGAGCCCAACCAUGGGCAGCCUGUACUCAGAGUACUUAAGCCCCACCAAGGUCCAGGAGCACUAUAAUUACACCAAGGAGACACUGGACACACAGGAGACACCCUCCCGCAAGGUGGCCUCGGCCCUCAUCAUCAUCCUGUGCUGUGCCAUCGUGGUGGAGAACCUGCUGGUGCUCAUUGCAGUUGCCCGCAACAGCAAAUUCCACUCGGCCAUGUAUCUGUUCCUGGGCAACCUGGCUGCCUCGGACCUGCUGGCAGGCGUGGCCUUCAUAGCCAAUACCUUGCUCUCAGGCUCUGUCACAUUGCGGCUGACACCUGUACAGUGGUUCGCCCGUGAGGGCUCAGCCUUCAUCACACUCUCCGCCUCUGUCUUCAGCCUCCUGGCCAUUGCCAUUGAGCGGCAUGUGGCCAUUGCCAAGGUCAAGCUCUACGGCAGUGACAAGAGCUGCCGCAUGCUGCUGCUCAUCGCGGCCUCGUGGCUCAUCUCCCUGGCUCUGGGUGGCCUGCCCAUCCUUGGCUGGAACUGCCUGGGUCACCUCGAGGCCUGCUCCACUGUUCUGCCACUCUACGCCAAGCACUAUGUGCUUUGUGUGGUAACCAUCUUCUCUGCCAUCUUAUUGGCCAUCGUAGUUCUGUACAUCCGCAUCUACUGCGUGGUCCGCUCUAGCCAUGCCGAUGUGGCUGGCCCACAGACAUUGGCCCUGCUCAAGACGGUCACCAUCGUGCUAGGUGUCUUCAUUGUCUGCUGGCUGCCUGCCUUUAGCAUCCUCCUCCUAGACUAUGCCUGUCCCGUGCACUCCUGCCCUAUUCUCUACAAGGCCCACUACUUCUUUGCUUUUGCCACCCUCAACUCACUGCUCAACCCUGUCAUCUACACGUGGUGUAGCCGGGACCUGCGGCGGGAGGUACUGCGGCCACUGCAGUGCUGGCAGCAGGCAGCAGGGGUGCAAGGACGGCGGAGCGGGACCCCGGGCCACCGCCUCUUGCCCCUCCGCAGCUCCAGCUCACUAGAGAGGGGCACCCACAUGCCUACAUCACCCACGAUUCUGGAGGGCAACACAGUGGUUUGAGGGACAAGUGGGCUGACAACCAGGCCAUGGCAGAGAGCUCUGUGGAGAGGCGCUGAGUGACCGUGGACAGAGAUGCAGGGCUGCCAAGCAAGAUGGCCCAUUCCACAGACCUGGGUAAUAUUGAAAAUAUUUCACACCUGGGAUGGCUGGCUGAGGCACUGACCAGUUGGAUGGCAGAGCUGCAGCAGGGUCCUGGAGGCCAGUGCAAUGACUGGCAUGACCCCUUCAGAACUGGGUCAUGGGAGGUCUGAGUGACCUGGAAAAGGCCCAGGUAACAGCGGACAGACACUCAAGAGUUGCUCAGGGCAGGAGCAAUUUACAGCCUGGUACAAAGAAUUUCAUUUCAUGACUGUCUGAUCCUCCACCUUGUGCCAGACUUCUUUCUCUGAAUUUACCGGCCUUACCACCUUCUCCUGGAAACCUCAGGCCCACUUCCAUGUAACCACUGUCCUGGGGGGUUGGAGGCCUCCUCCCUGCGUGUCCAGACGGCCCCAGCUAAGUUCCCAAGGCCCAAAUCCACAGCUUCCUCAAAUGUCACCAGCUGCCGUUUGGGCCAUUUCUUCCCUUUCUUCUUAAUCCACGAGAUGCCAGGAAACCAUGGGGUGGAUGUUGGGGGCUGGACCGCAUUUGCAUACCUCAUUGGCCAAUUGCACUGUUUGGGGUGCAGAUGAAUCACCAAGGGCUGGAAAAAACAAUCUGGGGUACUGAAGAGGGCUCUGGGUCUCUCAGUGACAAAGGGUAGAACUUGAGAAAGUUCUAGGGAAGCUGUUAGCCCAGGACCCUUCCACCCCCUCAAAUAAAAAAAACCACCCCCAAGCUACACCCACCUCCAGCCCCAGCCGAGGUACCAGAUAUCCCAAAGCAGGGCAGCCUUGAGCUCACUGUGCCUCCUUUCGAGUUGUAUUGAACAGAGCAGGGAGUGGGGAUGCCGAGGACACUUGUGGGGUCUCUCCUCUCAACUGCCCCAGAAGGACUUUGCUAAAUCCUGUGGAUAGGUAGAAGGGUCAUUGCGGUACAAAUGUAUAUUUAUGUGUGUCUGUCAAUGUCCGAGUGUGUGUAUGAGUGAUGCCUGCAACCCCCUGUCCCUACCAUGUUUCCCCAGAAUGGAUGCUGUUCUGACUCCUCAUGUUUGUGUUGACGUUGCCAAAGAGGGGAGAGGCCUGGCCCUACAUGGACCCCGUCAUCGCUGGCUCAUCUCCUCACUUGAGAGCGGGACUGCAGCUCACCUUGGGGAAGGAAAUCUCAUGCCUCCAAAUGAUUUCUUGUGAAUGCAAAGGUGGGGGGGUCUCUGGGGGGCAAGGAGCCAGUCGGGGGCUUGUCUCCCUUCAUUCAGCUCCCCAGAUGCCUGCUCCCCCACUGCCCCAUGCCUGAGACCAGGCCCAGGCCAAUAAACGGUUCAAUUUCUCUUUCUGA